CUACCUACAUUACAUUAUCUAAUACGCAUAAUUGCUAAUCUCACAGAGGAGGGAGAUGUGUACGUUGGAGAAGCGUGGUCAACUCUUCUUGCUGAAACUCACCGGCGACGGAGAACACCGUCUCAACCCCACCUUACUCGACAGCAUCACCUCCGCCAUCACACAGAUCCGUUCCGAUCCAUCCUCCUCACAAUCGGUCCUCAUCACAACCUCCGACGGAAAAUUCUUCUCCAACGGCUACGAUCUCGCCUUGGCCGACUCCGAUCCUUCUCUCCGCGUCGUCAUGGACUCCAAACUCCGAUCCCUAGUCGCCGACCUCAUCUCCCUCCCUAUGCCGACGAUCGCCGCCGUGACCGGCCACGCCUCCGCCGCGGGGUUCGUUCUCGCGAUGAGCCACGACUAUGUACUGAUGCGCCGCGACCGGGGGUUUCUGUAUAUGAGCGAGUUGGACAUCGAGCUUGUGAUUCCUCCGUGGUUUGCGGCGAUGAUACGGAUGAAGAUCGGUUCUCCGGCGGCGAGGAGAGAUGUGAUGCUGACGGCGGAGAAGGUUACGGCGGAGCGGGGUUUGGAGAUGGGAAUCGUGGAUUUUAGUUAUGGUAGCGCGGCGGAGACGGUUGAAGGCGCCGUUAAGUUGGGAGAGGAGUUAGUUAGACGCGGUGUUGAUGGACACGUGUACGGUGGGAUGAGAGAGGCUCUUUUAAAACAGGUUCUCCACACGAUUGGUUCAAAUGAGAGUGUUUCCAAUAGAAUGCGAAACAGUGGAUCCAAACUGUAGGUUUUUUUUUUUGUUCAACCAAUUUGUACGAGUUGAUAAAAUUAAAAAUAAAAGAUUAAAUAGAGAUCAAGUGAAAUUUGUUAGAUUUGUUUCUUUUCUUUUGGUAUAAGAUUUGUUUCUUUUUACACAUUGUAGGUUUGUAAUAGUAAAAUAGGAAAUAAUGUAAUAAACGAAUGAAUAAUUAGAUUUGUCAAUA